CGUCCCGGCCGCUCCCGCAGCCCCCGCGGCCAUGAGCGCGGCCGGGAUCGUGUCCGCGCCCCCCGCCGCCCCGCCGGGGCCGCCCGCCCCCGCCAUGGCCCCCGCGCCCGAGUACUACGAGGAGGAGGAGCUGGAGAGCGCCGAGGAGGAGGACGGCGAGCGCAGCGCCCGGGCCCGCGACUCCGAUGAGGACACUGAGGAUGCCAGUGAAACCGACCUGGCCAAGCACGACGAGGAGGACUUUGUAGAAAUGAAAGAACAGAUGUACCAGGACAAACUGGCAUCUCUGAAGAGGCAGUUACAGCAAUUGCAGGAAGGUACUCUUCAGGAAUACCAGAAAAGAAUGAAGAAGUUGGACCAGCAGUACAAAGAAAGGAUACGAAAUGCAGAACUGUUCCUGCAGCUGGAAACAGAUCAGGUGGAAAAAAAUUACGUGAAGGAAAAGAAGGCAGCAGCAAAGGAGUUCGAAGAUAAGAAAAUUGAGCUUAAGGAAAAUCUGAUUGCGGAGCUGGAAGAGAAGAAGAAGAUGAUUGAGAAUGAAAAGCUAACCAUGGAAUUAACAGGGGAUUCAAUGGAAGUGAAGCCCAUUAUGACAAGGAAACUGAGGCGACGACCAAACGAUCCAGUUCCCAUCCCAGACAAGAGGAGGAAACCUGCCCCUGCUCAGCUAAAUUAUUUGUUGACUGAUGAGCAAAUAAUGGAGGACCUGAGAACGCUGAAUAAGCUCAAAUCACCCAAGAGACCAGCCUCCCCCUCCUCUCCUGAACACCUCCCAGCUACACCAGCAGAGUCUCCUGCACAGCGGUUUGAAGCCCGGAUAGAAGAUGGAAAACUCUACUAUGAUAAGAGAUGGUACCACAAGAGCCAGGCUAUUUACCUGGAGUCUAAAGAGAACACGAAGAUCAGCUGUGUGAUCAGCUCUGUGGGAGCCAACGAGGUGAUCUGGGUGAGGAAAACCAGCGACAGCACGAAGAUGAGGAUCUACCUGGGGCAGCUGCAGCGAGGUGUGUUUGUGAUCCGCCGGCGAUCGGCUGCGUGAGCGGGAGCUCCCCUGGGGCCUUUUUUUUUUUUUUGGUUUUUAACUGAUCACCAAACCUCUGCUGGGGGGUGUCGGGCUGCUCACUCCUCCCAGCAGCACAGAACAGUGUCAUGACCUCUGAUGAGACCGUUUGUGGCUGGCCACAUGAUCCCCAGUAGUCCUUAAGUCUUUAGUGAUGCCCAAGCACUGCCCUGGACUAUUUCUGGAUUUUUGCAUCAAGCUUCUGUAUGCUCUCUUUGUAUUUGGGGUGACUGUCGAAGAAGACUUUGCAUCAGACUUUUGUCAUCAUCGUUUUGUGGUGCACAGAUGGGACUCGUAUGUCAAAAACAAUGUCACGUCUCUGUUUGAAGUCAGACCAGUGGAAGAAGCUUUGCUUGUCAAGACCUGAGGUUGGUUGUUCUUUUGGGCCUUGUUUUCUCUGCAAGGCUCGGGAUGCUGGGCCAAAGGAGGUGAAUCCUGCCACGUUUCAUCUGCAGCUGAAGAGAAGCCUCCAGAACACCUGGUGCACAACAUCAGCUUUAUUGGGUGAACUGCUCAAAGACUUGAGUGCUGAGGUUUUUUUUGGACGGUGUGAACAGCUUAGAAACUGCUGAAAAUACAGCGAUUUUAAUGUAGUUAAGCAGUCACGCGUGGUUAAUCAGAAGCUUCCGUUUCUCUUCACAUUAAAAAACCCUUCAAUGAACAA